CUCCCCUGCUGUUGAGCCAUGUCCCAGCCUGAGGGACGUGGAAGGAGGCCUGGGACCCUGGGGCCUCCGGUGCGUAGCAUCCGGCCCUUUAAGUCCAGCGAGCAGUACCUGGAAGCCAUGAAGGAAGACCUGGCUGAGUGGCUUCGGGAUCUGUAUGGGCUGGACAUCGAUGCAGCCAACUUCCUGCAGAUGCUGGAGACGGGCCUGGUGCUGUGCCGGCAUGCCAAUGCCAUUACCGAGACGGCCUUGGCCUUCCUGGCUGAGGCGCCUGCCAGAGCCCAAAGGAUUCCCAUGCCUCAGGCCGGGGUUUCUUGCAACGGGGCCGCCCAGCCGGGCACAUUCCAGGCCCGGGACAACGUGUCCAACUUCAUCCAGUGGUGUCGCAAGGAGAUGGGCAUCCAAGAGGUGCUGAUGUUUGAGACCGAGGACUUGGUGCUGCGCAAGAACGUGAAGAACGUGGUGCUGUGUUUACUGGAGCUGGGCCGCCGGGCCUGGCGCUUCGGAGUGGCGGCGCCCACCCUGGUGCAGCUGGAGGAGGAGAUCGAGGAGGAGCUGCGGCAAGAACUGGCUCUGCCCCCGCCCGACCCCCCGCUGCCCACGCCGCCAAUGCGCCGCUUCUGCCACUUCCGCAACCUGGACCAGAUGGUUCAGAGCCUUGUGAGCCACUGCACGUGCCCAGUUCAGUUCUCCAUGGUCAAGGUGUCUGAGGGGAAGUACCGCGUAGGAGACUCCAACACCCUCAUCUUUAUCCGGGUCCUCCGGAAUCAUGUGAUGGUGCGUGUGGGGGGCGGCUGGGACACACUCAGCCAUUAUCUGGACAAACAUGACCCAUGCCGGUGCACAUCCCUCUCACACAAGCCAGGCAGCUUCCUGAAGCCCCCAGUUCCACCGGUGCAGCAUGAAGUGAGGGUGCAAGAUGAGCCCUGGCAGCCACAGCCUACGAUGACAGUCAGCCGUUCCCAGAGCCCGCUGCCCCCUGUGGACUGGAAGACAUAUACUUCUUCAUGCGGAAAGAUGAGGCCCCCUGCCUCCUCCUCUCCCAGACCCCGCAGUGAACGGGGAGCCGGAGCAGGGGUCCUCAGAGAGACAGCACCAUUCCUGAGGUGCCAGGAGAGGCCACUUUCCCCAUCUCGGAGGCAGCUGCCAGCUGGGGACAGCCCACCCAUUCCCCAAUCCUCACCCACCCAUGGGACCCGAGACCCACGGUGCACCUCCUCAGGGAAGAGGCAGGACAGAUACACCCCUGAACUCCCCAGGGGAAGGACUCCUACAUCUUGGGUUCAUGAAAAGCCAGAAAGCUGGCGAACCCAUGCCAGGGCCCCAACUCCCGAGAGACUCCGAGCCCCUGAGGCCACCGCCAAAGGGACACCAGCAAGAGGACCAUCUCCCCCGCCUCGCUGUUCCAGCUUAGCCAAGCCUAUGGACCCCAGGCAGCCACCCUGGGGUAAAGCCGAGGGUGCUUUCUCCCAGUUCAGGGAACCAGCAUCUGCCCGUUCUCCAUCCCCUGGUAAAGGACCCACCAAGAUCCCUGUCCGGCUGCCUACUGCCCAACCCCCAACUCCAGGAGGAAGUUUUCCAGGUACUGCAAGUGGAGGUCCCCCAAGAGAAUUAGGGAGAAGCUCCACCCCACUGACUAUCACUGGAGUCCUGGCUGGGUCCAGACAUGGGAACUGCUCUGUGGAAGGAAGGCAAGGGGACCUGAAGCUGGACAGCAGGGUGACAGCAGAGGCUGGAGCGUCCUGGGGCCUGGGCACACAGAACCAUGAAGGGACCAAGGAGCAAGUCAUCAACCACAGCCUUGAGGAGGAGCUUUUGGCCAACAUGCAGCUGCUAGAGGUCAGGGCUUCCUGUCCAGGGCCAGGGUCUGGGGUCAUCCCUCGCAGUGGAGUCUAUGUCCCCAGCCUGGGUGGGCGGUGGCCUGAGCCUGGGGGUCCUUAUGACAAAGUCAUCCAAGAGCUGGCUCAAGGGCCCCCACCCCUCAUUAAAGUGGACCUGGAAGCCUGGAAGGCAGCCCCUACAGGCUCCCCUAAGUUAGCUGUUACCACAGGCCCAGGAAGCCCAAAAGGGAAACUAGGAGCCAAGGAGAGUGUGCGAAGGACAAAAGCAGGCUUGAGUGCCAAAGGCACCAGGAUGAGGAAGGUCCCAGCUCAAGGAGGGCAGGACUGCUCAGUCUGUGUUAUGUCUGCCAGCCCGGAGAACCCCACAUCUUCGCCCUCCGACCCUAAUUCUGACAAAGCCAAGGCAUGUCUGGGCAAGGGCAAGAGAACACUCCGGAAGCCCCAGAGAGUGCCGUCCAUCUACAAGCUGAAACUGAGGCCCAAAAUCCGGCCCCGAAGAGACCACAGGCCUGAGAAGCGGCCUUCAAGAAUUCCCAAGCCCCUGAAUUACCUCUGCCUGUGUCCAGCCAGGGUGCCCCCUGGCGGUAGGCUGUUGAGAGCAGCAGCGCUGGGUAGCAAGGGCGGGGAGGCCACUCGGGUGGAUGGAGCCUGGGCAGGAGAAAAGAAGGAAGGAAAAGAAAGGAAAGAGCCAGCCGCCCCACUAGAGAGCAACCCCCAGCCUUUGGAGGGCCUAGGGCCUCGCCAGCUUGGUCAGGUUCCACUCCCACCCGAAGAGGAGACCUGGGUCUGAGGCGGGGCUUCUCAUCCUGGAGCCUGUGGGUGUGGGGAGGGGGAAGUGAAAAGAAUGGCCAUGUGGGGCCGGCCGAGU